GUGAAUUUUACAAGUUAAAACUAAAUAACUCUAAAAUAACUAUGACGGGUGUUUAUUUUGACACGGGACAACUUGAAACGCUUUAUUACCUUUAUUUGCAUAACAUUAAGUUUUAACAAUAAUGCAUUUCAAACAUUUAUCAGUUUAACCAACAUGAAUAAUAAACAAGUUUGUAUUUCCAAUGAAAUGAUACAUAGAUGAUGUAUAUCGAAAAUGAUGACGGAUAAAUCAGUAUAGUGUAUUACAAAUGUACAAAGUCGCUGUGCCACCCAAAAAGUGUAUUUAAUUUUCAAUAAGCACGAUGAAAGUUCUAUAUCGGAUUACUUGAACUGAAGAAAACUUUCAUUUAACGAAAAAAAGGAUAUUUUGUUUUAAAUAGAAAGAUCUCAUUCGCAACGUAAGUUCAAGAAAAAGCAAAACGUCCAGUUCCUUUGAAAAAGUAAAUGAAAAUGGAUAAAUAUCGCAAUAUUCUAUGACCUAUUGCCACACGGCUUUUGGAGUUUUUGAAUUGAUUGUCAGCAUUCAUACUGUCCAGAGUCAUUUACAGACUUUAUUGUCAACGAAUGGAGUAUGGCUUAUGGAAAAGGAUUGCUAUUUUCGUCUUGGAUCUUCAUGUGUGUGUGCAUUCCGAUUUUUGGAGAAACUUACAAUAAAACAAUGUCUACCAUCCUAAGUGAUAUAUUUAUGGGCUAUGACAAGAAACUCCCUCCCAAGCACGACAGGGUUGGCAAUGAUAGACAGGUCAGGGUCACUGUGAAUAUAUUCGUCAAUUCUAUGUUCUCUAUCAGCGAAGCAAAUAUGGACUAUUCAAUGAGUCUGUUCUUACGGGAACGUUGGUUAGAUGAAAGGCUGAAGUAUGAGGACACCAUUAACAUAACAAGAUUGGAGCUUGAUAAAUCCCUAUUCGAAGACGUUUGGAUGCCUGAUAUGUAUAUACUGAACGAGAAGGCUUCCGAUUUUCACGAGGUGACAAUACCAAAUAAAUUGAUACAUGUAUAUCCGGACGGGGCAGUCCAGUACAGUGCAAGGGUAACCGGAUCAUUUUCAUGUUUGAUGCACCUACAAAAAUAUCCGUUUGAUAAGCAGGCUUGCCAUUUCGAAGUAGAAAGCUAUGGUCACAGUACAGAGACGAUGAAGUUUGUUUGGAGUGAUGGUGCGGUGUCAAUGGCUGAAAAUAUUGAAUUUCCUCAAUUUACUAUUGCGGAAAUAAAGCCAUAUUCAUGUGAAAAAAAUUAUUACGGAAUUGUGUAUCCCUGUAUUGGAGUAAAGUUUAUUUUGGAAAGAAAUUACGCCUACUACUUGAUACAAAUAUACGUGCCAAGUAUUCUUAUUGUGAUAUUAUCCUUUGUGAACUUCUGGUUGGACUGUACGUCAGUUCCCGCUCGAAUCUCACUCGGUCUCUUGACUGUGCUCACUAUGACUACACAGAGUGCUGGUGCAAGAGCCAACCUGCCACGUGUGUCAUACGUAAAGGCAAUAGAUGUUUAUAUGGCAACUUGCCUUGCCUUUGUAUUCCUUGCAUUGCUAGAGUUCGCAUACGUUAAUGUAUUAACUCGAGCUGAAAACAGAAAACCAUCAGAAAAGGAACACAGAGGCAAUAAAGAUGAGGACGAUACAGCAGAAACGAAGUUGUCCAAUGGUUCUUGUGAGCAGAGCGGUAAACCAAUUCAAACGGCUGAUGUAUCUGUUUCAAUAACCAGCAAAGGAAAGAGAUGUUCAUGCUUCCAGCGAUUGUCGGGUGUGGGAAGAGCGCGUCUGGUGGACAAGGUGUCUCGUGUCCUUUUUCCGGCCGUGUUCACUGUUUUCAACAUUAUAUACUGGAUUUAUUAUUUCACGUGGAAUCCAGAAUUUGAAAAUUUUGACAUAUAAGAAAUGUUAUUCUUGCAUACCAGACAGGAUUUUACUGGGUUUUUUUGCCGGUGAUGGAACAAAUCGCCCUACACCCGGACUUUAAGACGACUCGCAUGUUUUAAAUCAUGAAUAAUUAAGGAUAUUCAUACGCUUUUAUAAUAAGAUAGUGCUGGAAAGAAAAGCAUUUGUUUUCUUUUAAUUCUUUAUAUUAAGUGAAGAAAACGGUAUGCAAUUAAAAGAAUCUACCCCUAGCUGAAGGUACGGAUGGAAAUGUCUGUUGAACUUCGUUACCGCCUAAACAUUUACCCUCGAGCCAGAUAUUUUCAUCCACACCUUCAACCAGUGGAUUCAAAGUGUUUCAGCUUGAAUUUACGGCACAUUGAAAUCUUUGUCAAAUUGCCAGAUAGUUUUAUUUUCAUUGCAUCUAAACAAUUUAAAUGAUAUUCAUGAUAAAUAAAGCUCUCUGAAUGCCACAAUAUUUGAGUAAUUAAUCAUUGUUUAUACAUUUCUAUAGAUUUAAUUCAUUGUGAGGCGUCUGCUUUGAUGCACUUUAUCAAAAGCCUUUUUUUAAUCCACCUGUGUUUCAAUGCAUAUCCUUCACAUACAGUACGAUUAACGUUGUGUGUUUUGUAAGUAAAUUUCGGAAUCGACGUUCUUGCUUGUCUGCUAUGCCAUCACUUACGUUCACAACAAAUUUCAGUUUUAUGUUAAUGCGAGUAAUAAAAUUGUUGUAACCAGUUGUUUAAGAAAUAACAUUUAUUUUAUGCUAACUAAUGAAAUAUUGUAUUCUGUCAGUUAAAUAUUUCAUAUCUCAUCACUCACACUGUGAAAAUAAGAAAUCUAUAUUUUCACACUGUGAGAGAUAUAGCUCCGCCCCCUCAUACAUUGUGUAUGAAUUUUUAAUUAUUUGCUUAAAACAGGGUGAAAAUUGUAGUCGCACUUUGUUCUUUAUAGUAUAUUUCUCGAUUCAAAUCAUUUUACUUAAUAAGAAUUUCAUAACGUAAUGCAGCAAAAAUAAAAUAAAAUGGAACUUUAUUACUACUUCGAUUUUAACUGCAUAUAAAGAUUUAUUUCUACAUCCUGGCGUUAUCCCCUCGAUAUGUGUCUGUUGAGUUUGGUUUCUUUUCCAGCGCACCUCUAAGGCGUUUAACCAUAUGACGUAAUAAUUUAAGAGUAUAAAAAGUGGUUAUUGCGUUAUAACAUCAUAAUUCCUAUAUUCUUUUCUUACUAUGCAAAUCAGUCGGGGUCGUGUUAGAAUAAUGUGUAAUGUGCCAUAUCUUACACGUUUGAUAAUUAUAUCAGUGCAAUAUAAUACAUUUAUAAUUAUGUUUCUAUCAAAGUUCAGAAAGAAAACAUACAAAUCAGGGGGAACUCUAUACUGGUUUUGAAUUCCAUGACGUAAUUUCUUACUUCUUGGUAUCCUGUUACAUUUUUAUAUAAUGUUUUAAAAUGGUCACUUAUCUCUGAUAAACCUAUUUUACUAUAUAUGUAUGAUAUAUUUUUAUAGAAAUAAAAGUUUAAAAGGUUA